AUGUACCUACCUACAUGCAGUAUUAACUACAUGUUUUUACAGCUUUUUUCGUUCCAUGAUACGGCAGUUUCCCGGGAGAAGGAGUGCUCUCUGUAUGUCUUUCAAUUGUUAUGCAACUAUAACCAAGCAUUUUCAAGAACUGUGACGAGAUGUGACAGAAGCUUAACCACUUGUGACUCAAAAGGGCAAUGCUAUCUCCGUGCAUGCGGUAAUGGACUCGGCUACCACCAAGAAAGAAUUUUAUUCUCGAAUCAUGUCUCUCUCUCCAGCUGGGAAAGAAAAGAACAAAUUCCACGUGGCCUCUCAACUGGCUGCAAGAUCUAUCUAUUCUCGCGUUACUAG